CCCCGCCUUCCCCUAUUAAUAAAAAUCAAAAACUUUGCAAUAGUUGUCUUGAUUCUGCUGGGUCAAAAACAUAUAAUCCUAAAGUGCAAUAUUCACGGUUAGUUAGUCUAAAAUGUUAUCGACAAAAAACAUUAUUUUUUGUAAAUGAUAACACUUUUCAAUAUUUUCUUGGCAUAAAUUGCGACAUUUGUAAUUUUUUUAUUGAGAAAUUAAAAAAUAUUAAAUGCGAUUCAAUAAAAUAUUGUCAUGAUUUGGCAAACAAAAUAAAAUUACGUUUUAUAAAAUAUAAAAUAAAAACAAAUUGUCGCAGAGGACGAUUAGAUAAACCUGUCUAUGAUAGUAAAACCAUGGCUAUGCAUGCAUCAGUCAAAUAA